AUGUGUCAAGUUUCGCCGUUGGCAACCUCCCACCCUCCAGACUGUGCGGCAUCCCAUGUGGACCUCACCGUCCCCGCGAGGGCAGGCAACGCCCCCCCUGAGCUCUCCAGGGUCAAGGGUGAGUCCGGUCGGUUCUGGGAGGACAAGUUUGUCGGCUACAACAUUGAGGCAUUCUUUGACCCGGCGGAUCCCCUCAAGGAGAAGCAGGCCGGGAAACUGUGGGCAGACAAGAAGCAAAGCCGCGUUGCCCCAGCCGACCAGAACCUCGUCGAUCACGCCUGGAUCAAGACAAUGCUCGCUGGAACCAGACGCAAGGAGAGCGAGAAGGAGAUGAGAGAAACUAGGGGCCCGGCCGCUGGUGACUACAUUGAUGGAAACGCCGAAUUCGCGACGUACUAUCAGAAGAUCAAGGGAAAGCCCACCUUCACCCUGACCGGAACCGACCUCACCAGGGUCAAGGGCAUUGCAGCAAAGCCCACCAAUAUCCGGGUGCCCUAA